AAUACUCUCCCUCUUUUUCGUUAACAAACUCUCAUUUUCAACUUCACUUGUCUUUUUAAGUCCAAAACCUCAUUUUUCUCAAAGACACACUUUCCAUUUCUCAAAAGUAACAACAUUAAUCUCACUAGAGCUCCCUAUAGAAAAUCAAAAAAUGGCUUCACACCUAAUUUUCCUUUGCUUGAUUCUUUUCUCUGCCUCCCAUUUUUUGGUCAUCAAUUGUACUGAAUUUGAAGUUGGUGGUAAAAAUGGUUGGGUUGUCCCUAACUCAAAGGACAAUGAUGAAAUGUACAACCAAUGGGCUUCCCAAAACAGAUUCAAAAUUGAUGACAUUAUUCGUUUCAAGUAUGAGAAAGAUUCAGUGAUGGUGGUAAGUGAAGAAGAAUAUGAAAAAUGUAAAUCAACUCGCCCACUUUUUUUCGGAAACAAUGGCAACACAAUUUUCAAAUUUGAAAGACCGGGAUUGUUCUACUUCAUUAGUGGUGUUAGUGGUCACUGUACAAGAGGACAAAAAUUGAUUAUCAAGGUUUUAGAUAUUGAACCAACAGCACCUUCACCACAAUCUGCAAAUGAGAAUGCACCAAUAGCACACUCUAAAGCUAAUGAAAUAACACCUAUUAGUAUCACAUCAUUCACAAUCUUUGUUAUGUCAUUCUUUGGCAUGAUUUAAGAGUGUGAUGUAGUUUUUAGGUGUUUUGUUUUGUUGAGUUUUUAAAUGUUUAGUUUUUUUAGAUAGGCUUUUUUAGGCGUUUAGUUUAUUUGUUGCUUUAGUCAUAAUAGGAUGAGAAAGUCUUUAUUGUCAUCAUGAUGAUAUUGUUUCCUUUUUAGUUAGUUUGUAUUGACUUUUCCUUUUAUUAAUUAACAUGAUUUACAUUU